CUUCUGUUGAUCCAUUGCACCGUGUGGUGUGUAGAAGAAGACGGAACGGUUGAGGUGGUGCUCGGUGAUCUUUAGAAGGAGGGAAAAAUCCCGAUGAAUUGAUAUCCCAAGAACCUUUUCCCAUCAUAUACUCGCUGAUUGAACUGUCGAUAUAACCGUUUUGGUGAAGAGCUACAGAGCAUUAGACACGUAUAACCAGAAUACACAACAGACUGGUUAGCAUAAUGACUACAAUACCAGGGAAACUACCGUUCCAGAUGGUUAUCAAGUUUGAAAACCCACGAUCAAAAGCCAAACUGACCAGAGCAAAGGUCAAGCGGUCCAGAAUGGGGUGUCUCAGCUGCCGCAAGAGGAAGAAAAAAUGUGAUGAGUGUAAACCGUCAUGCUCCUCCUGUCUAUCAAGGGGGGUUGAGUGUGUAUGGCCCGAAGGCAAGGAGAGACUUCCUAAAGCGUACCAAAUACCAUCUCCUGUUACUGUACUUCACAAGAGGAAGAAAAUCGCUACAAGCAACGCCGACCCCGUUGGUAAAGAAGUGAAGCUUGAACUAUCUCCACCAUGCUCAAAUCUAUCCGACUUUCCACAUUUGUCACCCGCGGUGGAGCCGCUGUCACCGGAAGAGUACGAAUCGCUGGACAACGAGACAUGUAUGGUGGUAUCUACAAGAACUAACAGCUCCAAUAUGAUUGAGCCUAUGGAUGUUGAUCUGUUAAGGAUAUUACCAUUACAGAUGUUGCGUCCAACAGAGAACCAACUGUUCAUGGAUGCAUGUGUAAAUGGGUUUAUCACAUCGGUAGGACCCCAAUAUACACAUCCGCUCUUGACAACAAACGCAACUUUCACGCCACUUCUUAGAAGAAACAGGGUUAUCGAAAAGGUUGGAGAAGCCUGUGGUUGUGCCUUUCUGAGCUGGUCAUCACCCAAUCUCAUAGAUCUGAGUGUCAAGAAGUACCAGGCUGCCAUCCUUGGCAUAAUGGAAUAUGUUGAUAGUAGACCGAUAGCCGAACAUGAUGAAAUUUGGCUAGGCGCUGCUUUCCAACUGCUAUGUUUAGGUGCUAAGGUUACAUCGCAUUGCGAUAACAAAGUUGGUGCAACUAACUUGAAGAACUCUUACAAACUGAUCAAGGCUAAGGUCAGCAGAAGACAGAAGAGUCUUGAAGUGGAAAGGCUCGAAGGACCCAAGUUACCAAACGACGGCUUUUUCGAGGAUGUUUCCUCCAAUAGCCUGAAAUUGGAAAUCAAGAACACGCUGAUUGGCUAUGAAAACAGCAGAAGAAAUGCUCUUUUCGGCAAACAGUUUGAACGAAUGUUUAUCGAGAGCUUCCUUUACAACUACUCUGUUAGCAUUUUAACCACGCACGAUAUUGAGAACUACCCGAACCCAUUCGAAGUUUUCAAGAUCUUGAAGGCGUAUCUGAAGACACCUUUAUUCAGCUGCGAUGUGGUUUGGAUGAAUAACCCGGUCCUUGGGGCUGCAUCUGACGCAUUUGAGGUUGCUGCCAAAGCUUCUUAUUUGAUCAGGACUGCACGUUCACAGUGGUCGAUGGACUGUGCAAAGAAGCUCUUGGACAUUGCUAAAUUCUAUCCAACCCCGAUUAUCCCCCCAGAGAUCCGUGUCAACGAGAGAAAAUACGCCAAUCUCAAGGAAUCUGUUAAAGUUGCUGAGAUUGUCAUUAGAGCUUCGAGCAUCGUACUUCGUAAGGUUGUUGAUCCUACGCUGUCCGAAUACGAUCCAGACGUUCAAAGAGACAUUGACUAUAUAAUGCCUCGUUUGUUCCAAAUCCCUCUAAGUUCACGGAUUUCGCUAAUUCUAACUUGGUCGCUGUUCAUAGUUGGCUUGAGCUUGAUCAAUGACAACCAAAGGAAGUUCGUGGUGAACAUGCUCCUAAACGUUGAAGAGAUGUCCCACGCACGCGCUCUUGAUUCCGUAAUUGACGUUUUAAACGUCAGUUGGGGAUUGACAAGUAGCCAUGGCUUGCAGAGUGACACCAGAGGACUUGAUGUUCUCCUGGACAGAUCACUGCUAUGCGCUGUCUUCAUAUAACUUGCUUUUGCUUUAUGGCAUUCGGAAUCCCUAUUCUUGAACAAGCUGUAGAUAAUGUAUUACAUGGCAUCAAUCUCAACCGCACACCGUGUGUGUACUACUACAUUCGAUAGCCAACCCACCGUUCCAACGCAUUGCAGACAUACGCGCCAUUACUACUCAUGAUCCCUAUAUCGUCACUCAAGAUAAGGGGUGCUAUACUCUCAACAAGCCUGGCGGCAUCCAGAUAAGAAUCAAUGCCGAUCUCUAACUGAUCGCACAUUCUUUA